UGGGGUUUGGAAAGAUGUGAUGAUCAGGCGGAAGUGAGUUGGAAGUCGGAUGACUGGUGUGCUGUACGUGCCUUCUAACCUGCCGCAUUGAGGCUGUGUUGGUAACUGGAGAUCAGGUUGUCGCUGCACUCAUGGAAGUGGGAGAGAAGCCACUGAAACCGACCAGGACGGCGCUGGUGACCAGAGUGGAAAGCUUCAACGCUGCUCAUCGCCUCCAUAGCAAUUGUUUAAGUGCUGAAGAGAAUAGAAGAAUUUUUGGAAAAUGCAACAACCCGAAUGGUCAUGGUCACAACUACAAAGUGGAAGUUACAGUACGUGGGGAGGUGAGUGUGAGAAUCUGCAUGGGGGUAGGGGGCAGCUGGUGACGUAGUGGUAAUGCCAGUGGGCUACUAAAGGCCCAGGUUGAUACUUUGGUGACAAGGUUUCAAAUCCCACCUCACCAGCUGGUGGAAUUUAAAUUCAGUUAAUAAACGCAGAAUUGAAAGCUAGUCCCCGUGACGACGAACACCAAUUGUUUUAAAAUUGGUCCACUAGUGUUCCUUAGGGAAAGAAAGUUGCCAUCCUUAUCUUGGCCUACAUGUACUCCAGACCCGCAGGGAGAUGGUUGACUCCUAGCUGUCGUCUUGAUUUGACUAGCCAAUCAAAUCAGCCCAAGGGCAAUUGGAAAUGGGCAACAAAUGUUGGCCUUGCCAGCGAUGUCUACUCGGGAACUUGUACUAAAUAUGAGUGAGCAAAACAGCAAGAAUUGAUUCUGCCCAAUUUUUUAUUUUCAAGUCAUAAGUACUAACAUUGACUUGGUCAUGCUUUUCGGGAACUAUAGACUGGUGAGCCUUGCGUCAGUGGUUGGUAAGUUGACCCUGUCUAGGGGCAGGAUUUUCAUGCAUUUGGAAAGGCAAGGACUGA